CAUAUGGGCCCGUGCUUCUAAUCAAAUCAACCGGCUGGUCUCUUAUCAUCAAUUUCUCCACUUACGCCAACACGCGAUCUACUUCCAUCGACGCGAUUUAUCUAAUCUGAUAACUUUUGGUCUUUUGUUCAUUGAGCUUGUUAUUGGGGAAUUAGUAUACGCGAUAUAUUGCUCUUAAAGCCUUGACAAAUUACCAACAAAGCACUCCAUCUGCCAAGUACUAGACUCCAUGGCGCCAACCACCGAAGCUCUUGAGAAAGAUCUCCGCGAUGGGGUUCGCGCUCUCGUCGCUGAACGCGGGUGGGACCAGGUGACCGUGAACAAUGUCCGGCAGUAUGUUGAGGAUAAGGGAGAGCUGGAGCAAGGAUUCUUCAAGGCGCUAGAGUGGGAGGCGCGUAGCAAGAAGAUCAUCAAAGAAUUUGUUGCCCAGUUGCUAGCCGAAGAAGAUGGAGCCCCAUCAUCCCCGGCGGCCAAUGUCAAAUCGGAAGCUAAAAACGGGAUUAAGCGACAAUCAAGCGAAGAGCCUUCCCCAUUACCCAAGCGCCAGAAGAAAGCAUCUCGCGCCGAUCCAUCGAAGAGAGCUAAAGCGAAGAAGGAAGAAUCAGAAUCGGCGCUUAGCGACUUAGAAGACCAAAGCGACUUUGAAGAGCAACCAAAGGAAGCAAUCAAGCAAAGCAUCGCUAAAAAAGAGGAGUCAGAUUCAGAGCUGAGCGAUCUUGAUUCACCAGAAGAUGAACCUAAGAAUGCCAAACCCCAGAAAUCCGUUUCACGUCAGGGAUCCAAGAAAGAAGAAACAGAAUCUGAGUUGAGCGACCUAGACGAUUCAGAUAACGAGUCAAAGAAGAAGACAAAGGGCGCAAAGAAGGCUACGCCUCGGCGCAAGACCAAAAAGAUUACCAAAAACGAUGAAGCAGCUAGUGAUCUAGAGGACUCAGCAGCAGUGAAAAAGCGAAAACGUGCAGCACCUGCUAAGAAGCGAAAUACUAAACGCGUUAAAGCAGAAUCAGAUAAUGAAGACGAUUUAGCAGACGACAAGAAUAGAGUCACAAAGGAUGAAGUUAAAUCUGAUGCCGAUGAAAAAGCUCUGCCUCAACCAGGAGUAAAUGCUAAGACUGAAUCGAAAGCGGAGGACUCAGGCGAGGAUACUAAACUGAACGUUGUGGAUGAUAAGGACAACAAAGAUAUCAAGGAGGUAGACGCCGAUGACUCAGGCUCAGAUUUGUCGUCCGUUAUAGAUGACCCCCCUCCCAAAAAGCGGAAGCCCAGAGAACCGAAAGGUGCUCCUAAGCCUAAGCAGGCCAAGGAAUUGUCUGUAGACGAUACAGAGAUCAAGAAACUCCAAGGCCAAUUACUCAAGUGCGGAAUCCGCAAAAUAUGGGGCAUCGAGUUGAAGAUAUACGGUGACGACAGCAGGGCCAAGAUCAGACAUCUGAGGGAGAUGCUUCGAGAUAUCGGGGUUGAAGGUCGCUUCUCCGAGGCAAAAGCUAAGGAAAUCAAGGAAAAGAGGGAACUUAUGGCCGACCUAGAAGCUGUUACGGAGAUGAAUCGGAACUGGGGUAGUGGAGCAGGUAGACGUGCCUCUAGGAGCAAGGCCACCAAGAAGACGUCGAAAGAAGAAUCUGAUGAGGACCAAGACGCCAAGGAUGAAGAGAAUGAGGACGAAGAAGUCAAGGGUAACCCACGCGUGUCAAAGCGAAUGGCUGAUUUAGCCUUUCUUGGAAGCGACAGCGAGUCUGAUUAAAUCGUCUACGAGGUCAUGACAGAGAUAAGACUAUCGGUACCGAGUAUGAUAUGAACGGUUUGACGAUGAGCUGGAUGAUAUUUAUGUACUGUUACAUGUAUUUACUUGCUAGCAUUCAUCUUCUGAGCUAUGAGACUAAAAAUAGCAACAGAGCCCAUGAACAAAACAGCAUUGUAAAACUAAUUCGUGUUAGUUGACUAAAGACGACCUAUUCUAACUAAGAAAUUGAGGCUCAACCACAUACAGCUCUACGCGAAACCUCCCUCUCUUCAUCAUCUGAUCUCGCCUCGAUGAAGAGUCGACGUAGGUUUGGGAAGUUUGCCUGGGUUGUUUGUUAGCUGAUAUGAAUGUGCCAUUCUGGCUCAACUUGCCAUGUAGUUUAGAGUAUGAUUAAAGCCGUGGAGGAGUGAGGAGUAUUCUCGGUAUAGUCGAAUCUAUAGUUUCAAGUUGGUUUUGACUUAGUAAGGACUUUGUAUGAAUCUCUUUGAUUAUGGUAUGGUAUAGAGAGUGGAAGGUUCUAUAUUGCUUCAACGUCUUAAAGUGCUUAGGCCAAGAGGUACCUACCAAGCUAAGAUUGUCCCACUACUAAUACAAAGUAUACAUGGGUACAUCAAGGUACUACGUACCAUACCU